GCCUUAUCUCGUGUUGCGAGAUUCCCUGAACUGAAUUUGGAGAAGACCGCCACGAUUCCUCGUGAAAGAACAUCACCCUUAGAUUGUGAACGUAAGGAAAUCUCUGCCGGUUUAAACGAUUGCAAUUUGGACUUCUCGAUUUAUGAUGAAAUUGGCCUUUUAAGAGAGCAACGAAUUGGCCUAAAGUGAUUGAGUGAUAAAAGGAGAUUGGAUCAACGUUCUAUCUUUAUUAUGGCCUAAAAUCGCACUUCUUAUCUUCUCCCGGAAUCAUUGAGGUAAAUAGCUACGCAAGAAAGACGCAAAAGAACCGUUAAAACGCCCCAAGAGCAGCAAACAUUGUCUACUAAUCACAGGUGAAUACCAUGGACGGAAUCCCAUCAUUGCUACGGCCCAAGGUUGCAGAAAAUGGCGAUCAGUCAGUGACGAAUUCCACUCUUAACAACAAUCUAGGCCACCUCGGGUAUCUGGACGCAGUAUCCAACAGCAGCGCCCACAGCAAUUGCUUGAAGUGCCAUGAAAUUUAUGGCUUACUUCAUCAGCAUGUUUUAGAAUGUCAUGCUGGAGGAAAUGAAAAAGACAGUAAUUCGAUCCUUAACAACGUGUUAAUGAAUAUUUUAAUGCUCCUUACAUCAGCAAGUAAAAACGGUAACCAGUCAAGUGGUGAACAGGCGACUUUUCAAACUUCUAUGCCUGCCUGCCUAGGCAAUGCUUCCUCAAACUAUAGCAUCGUUUCUACAGUUACUCAGGCACUUCCCAAAACAUCACCUCAGAAUAUUGAGACCCAAAGUUCUGAUAAUCAAAAUAUGACAGGUGAAGGGCUUGUUAGUGCUGUAAGCCUUCAGAAGCUUUUGUCCUCUGCUCAAGCUAAUCACAGUAAGGUAUUUGCUCAAAGUGGCGAUAAUGAGAGGAGGAAGACUGUUGUUCAAGGAAUCCCGUUGAUAACCACCAACAUGCAAGGGCAAGACAACGUGCCUUUGGUAUUAACCAGUCAUUUUCAGGGAGAAACCGCUCGACAGCAAACAAUUAUUGUACCCUCGGCUAUGCCAAAAGUGAGUGAAAAGUCGGAUCUGGAUGUCGCCGAUAUUCUAGUAAACAAAAUGCCGAUCCCGAGCGUCAACAAGGAAGAAUCAUCCCUUGCUCAGUUAUAUCUAAAGCAGUUGGCUGAAGGCUUAGCAUCUGGUCGCAGUGACAUACUGCAGCAAGAUGAAUCAGUGCCACAAAGUAACAAUAAUGAACGGGAUUUGGUAAGUUCACUACUAUCUGGCAAUGCAAACACUAGCACGUCAAUACCUGUUUCAACUCUGCCAACUGAGAGUGGCAGUAAGCCUGUUGUAGAGACUAUUUCUCAAAUACUAGCCGCGCAGAAGCAGCUAACUGGUCUUCUUUCCCUUCUUGGAAAACGGCAAAAUGAGCCAACCUUGUUGCCUGUUGCUGGUCUGGCAUCGCAACUUGUGGAGACUCCUCUUAACAAUCCUCUCUUUGCAAACCAGCAUCAAAGGAUGGGCACUCCUAGCUUGCUCCAUAUACCUCUAACGUCUAUAAUACCUGGACUUACACAAACGUCACAAGGAUUAAUGCCAACUAAUUUGAUCCCGGCACCGCAAAGUAUGGGUGACAGUAACUUGUAUCCUCAACUUGCCAAUGUCCUUGCGAAAACAUCGCAAGGUAUUUCCGAAAUAUCAGGGAAUGGUGCUGUGGCACUACCCGCGCUUGCUUUAAACUCAAGUGCCUUUCAAAAUACUGCGGUUCCUAUUCUGCAUCAAACAAUUCAAGGUGCGUUGCGAGGCACGGGACAGCAAGCAGUGCUUCUUCCGUCAGUUGUUUCUGGUGGCUCUAUAGCGUCAGUGAGCACUGCCACUGUGCUAGGGUCGCAGUCAUUUCUGGUACCAAAUAGACCUAUAACACAGAUGGUUACACAGGCAUCUUCAGCUACAGCAAAAACUCUAUUUUCAACAAGCCACCAGUCAACUGUUCCCUCACUGGCAGAGCAGUUGUUUCAGAAUUCAAACAACAUACCAAAGCUAGCUCUAUCGACUGUUCCAUCGAUCUUUAAUCUAGGAAACAUGCCUGGAAUGGCUAUUGUCAACCCAAAUCAGCAGCCCCAAAAUCGAAAUCAAAGCCAGUCAACUCUGCGCCAAAUACCGAUCUUACCAACAAGCUCUGUGAUAGUAUCGUCCGGCACUAACAUUGCUCCUUCUGUUGACAAGAUUCAGGGACUUAUUAGCGCUGCUCUCCAAAACCCAAGCAAAGGCAAUGCAAUUCUUAGCUCAACUGUCAGUACAAGCAGUGGAAAUGAUCUUGGUAUGGCAUUUGGAAAACACAACAUGACAUCAUUGUCAGCAAAUACUAAGGAUGGAACUGGUGACAUUGAGGACUCGAAAUCAGCCAUAAAAAAACUUUAUAAAUGCAAUACCUGUAGCACAACUUUUAGUGUUCUGUCUACGCUUCAGCAACAUGAACAAACCCACCUUGGAACCAAGAUCCAGUGUAACUACUGCAACGAUAUUUUCGCAAGUGCCUCAAAAUAUCAAGAGCACAUUUCACUACACCGUGGCGAAGAGAACGUUCACCAGUGCGAGUACUGUAAUAAGCUUUUCACAAGUCGAGGGGAGCUGCAGAAGCAUUUAGCUGAGCAUACCCAGAAGCGACCUUACAAGUGCAAGCACUGCGCGAAAUCUUUCAGGGAUCCAGGCUCACUUCAGAAACAUGAGAGGAUACAUACAGGUGAGCGUCCAUACAAAUGCCAGCAUUGCCUAAAGGCAUUUGCAGAGUAUAGCUCUCUUCGUAAACAUAAUCGUGUUCAUACUGGGGAGCAACCAUACAAGUGCCCACGCUGUCCCAAAGCAUUCUCAAUAUCAGGUAAUUUGCAGCGUCAUAUGUUCAUUCAUACUGGUGAACGGCCAUAUCGUUGUACAAAAUGUCCGAAAGCAUUCAACAAUCCAAGCCACUUGAGAAGACACGUGAAGAAUUUACACGAUGUUAAGCAACCGUCAAAUGCUAAAGAUACUGAUUCGAAUGCAGAAUCAGAUAGCGAGAUGAUUGAUAAUGAUUUUUGCACGAUGGCAAAAUCUUGAGUUUUGUACAUAACUUAAUGUAAUCGGUAAGAUUUUUCAUUGAAAUGUGAACAAUAGUUAGGAAUGUACAUAAAGCAAUUAUCAUAUUAAUCGCUAGUUUUUUUUUACUUAACUUCGUUGACAAUAUGUUGGAGGAUGAUUCUUUCGAUUAUCGGAGACAUCACUUCUAGACCGUAAGCAAGUAGCAAGAUUUAGUCAUAUCUGUAACAAGAACAGAUUGAACAAAUAAGCAUUUCUUAAAUCGGUCUUUACAAGUUUUGUAUUUAUUUCUGUUGAAAAAGUGGCUGACGUUUUCUGGUGUUCCUGACAGUGAAUAUAUGCUCUUACUAAUUGUAUUUGUGUGCCUACUGGGUAAACAGAUUAUGUUUAAAACUAUGAAUUUGAUUUUUGUGCGUUUUUUAAAUUGCUACUUUCUUCUGUUUUGGUCUUUUGUAAAAUACGAUUGUAUGAGAACUUCAGUCUUGAUUAUAACAACUUCUUUUGAAGCAAAAUAUGUUUGAAAGUG